GAUGGUCCUAAGCCGCACACGGUAGUACCCUUCGUCUCCACACUAAAUACAUAUCAACGUGUCCCACAUUUCCUGGAUCCACCACCAUUACACGCUUCCUUCAUUCUCUUUUAUUAACUUUCGUCUUUCAAAAUCAACAGAUUCUCGAGAAACAAACACACAGGAAAAAAGAAAAAAAAGGAAAGAGCCACUGCAUAUAUCUCUCGCUUAUUGUCACGAUGGACCAUCCACCACUAAAGGCAGUAACUCUGACUCACGUCAGAUACCAAAGAGGAGACCAAUUAGGGCAUUUUCUGGCUUGGAUUUCACUAAUUCCAGUGUUUAUAUCCCUGUGCGGAUUUGUUUGUCAUUUUAUCUUCCGUCGCGAAUUGCAAGGCGUGUUCUUCGCGAUUGGACUUAUGAUCUCACAAUUCAUCAGCGGAUUAAUCAAGAAAUCAGUUCAACAAGCUCGUCCGGAAACUUGUAUACUUCUCGAGAUGUGCGAUUCUCAUGGCUGGCCUUCUAGUCAUUCACAGUACAUGUUCUUUUUCGCUGUCUACUUUACUCUUUUAACCUUUAGAGGGAUUGGAUUAACUGAGGUUAAAAACAAGUGGGCUGCAUGUUUCUUGCCCUGGUCACUCGCUGUUUUGACCAUGUAUUCCAGGGUAUAUUUGGGAUAUCAUUCCAUUGCGCAAGUGUUUGCUGGGGCUAUUUUGGGGACUUUGCUUGGUUCCGUUUGGUUUUGGUUUGUUAAUUAUAAAGCUAUUCAUUUUUUCCCGGUUAUUGAAGAGAGUAGUUUUGGGAAGAUGUUUUAUGUCAAGGAUACUUCUCAUAUAAAGAAUGUGUUGGAAUUUGAGUAUGAGAAUGCUAGAAGAGCUCGAAAGGAGAUGGCUGCCAAGUACAAUUAAUGGGUUUCAUUUUGCUCUUUUGGGCUGACAGCACCAAAGCUGCUGGUAAAGACUGCGUUCAGUUAUGUUUGUUCGUAUGGAUGACAUGAUUAGGCAAGUAUAAGUCUUGUUUAUAUCUUUUCAUCUGGAAGACAAUAUCAGAAGCUAGUUGGAGGGACGAUUACUAAAGUCGAUUUUUUACAUUAGAAAAAAGUUCUGAUUUGUUGUAUUCACAUAAGCUUUACAAAACUGUAAGAUGUCACAAGGAACAUGAAUCUUUUCAGAUAACUAAGAUUUAGAAACUUGAAAGUUUCUGAUAUUUCUAAAUGGUGGGAUUCAUAACAGAUUUUUGUUUCCGAAA